AUGCGACUAACCAACAGUGCGGUUCCGGUCUAUACCGUGUCUGGUUCGUCGACCUCUCGCAGUCUCCCGGACUGGCUUUCGCAGCAACAGAGAAAAAAGAAAGACCCCGAAUAUGCCAACCGCGUCGAGUUACUCCAAGAUUUCGAGUUUGAGGAAGCCAGUCAAUGCGUGCGAGUUAGCGAAGAUGGCGAAUGGGUGAUGAGCACUGGGACAUACAAGCCUCAGAUCCAUACACACUACCUGCCCAACCUCGCCCUUUCAUGGGCAAGACACACCAAUACCCUGAACAAGACAUUCCUCUUUCUUUCAUCCGACUAUUCCAAGUCUGUCCAUCUCCAAGAGGACCGCUCCUUAGAAUUCCAUACACCAGGUGGAUGUCAUGACUCGCUACGAAUACCCCGGUAUGGUCGUGACCUGGCUUAUGACAGGAACAGUACCGAGUUGCUGGUACCAGCUGUCGGCGUCAAUGCGAAUGGCAUGGGAGAGGUGUUCAGGAUCAACUUGGAGCUGGGAAGAUUCAUGAAUGAAUUGGAGGUAGAUGUCGGAGGUGACGACUUGAGCUCCAUGGGCGGUGGCGCACUGCAAGGGGGUAUUGGAGCCGGCAGUGUCAAUGUUGCCGCUGUGGCAGAAGGUAGUCACAACCUGUUGGCAUUCGGCACAUCUCUGGGCACGGUCGAAUAUUGGGAUACCAGAUCAAGAGCCCGAGUGGCUACCCUUGGUGUGCCUGCCGACUUUGAAGGACGACCGGAGGUGACGGCACUUGACUUCCAUCGAUCUGGAAUCAACAUGGCUGUUGGCACUUCCUCCGGCCUCAUCUAUCUUUACGACUUGCGAUCCUCGCUCCCAACUUUGAAGAAGGACCAAGGAUAUGGUUACCCCAUUCAGUAUGUGCAGUUCUUGACGCAGGGUGUCAAGACACGGGACUCCAUUGGAGAUCCCAAGAUCGCCUCAGCAGACCGACGGAUAUUGAAGCUCUGGGAUGAGCGGGACGGAACACCGUGGACUUCGGUAGAGCCAGCGGUGGACAUUAACUGCGUUGCUUGGUGCAAAGAUAGCGGGAUGUUCCUGACGGCCAAUGAAGGUCGACAACAACAUGCCUUCUUCAUUCCUCAACUUGGGCCGGCUCCAAAGUGGUGUUCGUUCCUUGACAAUGUCGUCGAGGAGAUGGCAGAGGAUCCAAACGAUCCUUACGCCUUCUCGAAAUCAAAGAUAGGGGAGGUGUAUGACAAUUACAAGUUCCUCACGCCAUCUCAACUGCGCAUGCUCAACUUGGACCACCUCGUAGGGAAGACGAAUCUUCUCCGGCCUUAUAUGCAUGGUUUCUUCGUGGCUCAGGGAUUGUACGAAGAGGCUAGGCUGAUUGCCAAUCCAACCAGCUGGGAAGAAGAGCGGGCGAAGCGGGUUCAGGCCAAGAUUGACAAAGAACGCGAAAGCAGAAUCCGUGGCAAGAAGAAGAUCAGUGUCAAGGUCAACCGGAAGAUGGUGGAGAGGAUUCUUGAUCGCGAAGAAAAGAAUGAAAGACGUCGGGCUCAGAGGGUCCUGGCACAAGGAGGCGAUGAGACUGCUGCUGCAGAGGCCGCCAAGAUCCUUUCUGCUCAGGACGAAGAAAAGGGUCUUCUUGCGGAUUCACGUUUUGCCAAACUCUUCCAAGAUGAAGAUUUUGCUGUGGAUGAGACAUCCCGAGAGUUCCAGCAACUCAACGCCAGCACCAAGGUGCCUGCGUCGAAUCACGACCAAGAAAAGGGGCUGACCGCUGUCGAAGAGGAAGCAAUAGAUGAAGUUCCUGGGUCGAGUGACGAGGAUCAGCCAGAUGAAGAUGCUGGUCCCUCCAGAUACAGAACGACAGACCGAAUAUCCACUGCUGAUUACAAACGCCGCUCAAGUAAGAAACAGAAAAAGAAAGGCGAUCAAAUUCAAAUGCGCGUCACGUCUUCGAGAUCGAAUAAUGCCGUCAGAACGCCACACGACCGCUCAUUUGGCUCUCGGGCAGAAAGCUUUCAGCCAGUGGAACGGGCAAAAGGAAAAGUUGGUUUUGGCGACGCCGUCGGUGACAAGGUCAUCUCAUUCGAUCCGACAAAGAAAUCCAAACGUGCAGACAAUACUUAUGGCGGCACUACCAAGACAUCAAGAGGUCAAGAUCGAAGAAGCGCAUCAGGUAAUACGUUUAGGAGAAUGUGA